AUGUCGCCAAUCGACGCCGAGCAACAGAGGUACGAGGAGGAGGUUGAGGCCGUGAAGCAGUGGUGGAACGACUCGCGAUGGAGGUUCACCAAGAGGCCCUUUACUGCUGAGCAGAUUGUGUCCAAGAGGGGGAAUCUGAAGAUACAGUACCCCAGUGCUGUCAUGGCUAAGAAGCUAUGGAAUACCGUGGAGAAAAGAUUCCAGGAGAAAGACGCCAGCUAUACAUACGGCUGCUUGGAUCCUAUCAUGGUCUCUCAGAUGGCCAAGUACCUCGAUACCGUAUAUGUUUCCGGCUGGCAAUGCUCAUCCACAGCUUCCUCGUCCAACGAGCCAGGCCCUGAUCUUGCCGACUACCCCAUGACAACUGUCCCGAACAAAGUCGAACACUUGUUCAUGGCUCAACUUUUCCACGACCGCAAACAGCGCGAGGAGCGCCUCAGCACACCGAAAGCCAACCGCGCUGGCGUCGCCAAUACCGACUUCCUCCGUCCCAUGGUCGCGGAUGCUGACACCGGUCAUGGUGGCUUAACCGCCGUCAUGAAGCUUACUAAGAUGUUUGUCGAGAAGGGUGCCGCAGGCAUACAUAUUGAGGAUCAAGCACCGGGGACCAAGAAGUGCGGACACAUGGCUGGAAAGGUGCUCGUGCCGAUCAGCGAGCACAUCAACCGCUUAGUCGCCAUCCGCGCGCAAGCAGAUAUCAUGGGAACCGACCUGCUAGCAAUCGCGCGCACAGAUUCCGAAGCCGCCACGCUGAUCACCUCGACCAUUGACCACCGCGACCACGGCUUCAUCAUGGGCGCAACGAACCCCGCGCUCCAGCCCCUCAACGACCUCAUGAUCGCCGCCGAGCACGCCGGCAAGAACGGCAUGGAACUCCAAGCAAUCGAAGACCAAUGGACCGCCCAGGCCGGCCUCAAGCUGUUCCACGAAGCCGUAGCCGACACCAUCAACGCCGGCGUGCACGUCAACAAGGCCGAGCUCAUCAGCCAAUUCAAUAUCCUUUCGAAAGGGAAGAGCAACUCUGAGGCUAGGGCCAUUGCAAAGGGCCUGACGGGCGUGGACAUCCACUUUGAUUGGGAUUCGGCGAGAACGAGGGAGGGGUAUUAUAGAUACCAGGGCGGAUGCGAGUGUGCGAUCAAUCGCGCGAUUGCGUACGCGCCGUAUGCGGAUCUGAUCUGGAUGGAGAGCAAGCUGCCGGACUAUGCGCAGGCGAAGGAGUUCGCGGAUGGAGUGCACGCCGUAUGGCCUGAGCAGAAACUCGCCUACAACCUCUCCCCCUCCUUCAACUGGAAAAAGGCCAUGCCCCGCAGCGAGCAAGAAACCUACAUCCAGCGGCUAGCGAAGCUGGGCUACUGCUGGCAGUUCAUCACGCUCGCCGGCCUGCACCAGUCGGCGCUCAUGGCCGACACCUUCAGCAAGGCGUACGCCAAGCAGGGCAUGCGCGCCUACGGCGAGCUGAUCCAGGAGCCCGAGAUGGACAACAAGAUCGAUGUUGUCACGCACCAGAAGUGGAGCGGGGCCAAUUACAUGGAUGAAAUGCUCAAGAUGGUUACGGGCGGGGUGAGCAGUACGAGCGCCAUGGGCAAGGGGGUUACGGAGGAUCAGUUCUCGGAGAAGGGGGCGGGAGCUAGUGAUGGGGCGUCGUAG